AUGAUGGAACUGUCAAAGCUGCUGUCCCCUCGGCAGAAUCAUUGGUCUUUGGGCCACAUCACUUUCUUGUUUAUCGCCUUCACAGGCACUCUUGUCAGCUCGCACUCUACUAGCCCUGACUGUCAGUCUCUUGGAACCAAUGGUCCAUGGCAAAUCACCCCGGAUUGCGUUGAUCCCGUCUACCAAAACCCCAUAUACACCAGCCAAACCGACGAGUCUUCCCCUGUCCAGCAUCGCAGAAUACACGGCUACUUCAAUGGCACCGAGAUUGACUUCAAAAUCUAUCUGCCACAUCAAGGUUGGGACGGUCGCUUCUUCCAACUCGUCUUUCCCACGCAAAACUCGACAGCAACACCUGAAGCUAUAGGAUUUGGAGCAGACAGUGGAGGUUACACCGUACAUGUUGCUGGCACUGGCGGCUACCGAGCUGAUGCUGCAGUCGCCAAAAUCUCCAGGAGAAUUGCUCGGGAUUACUACAAAGAUCCUUCUCGCCGAAUCUAUGGAUACAUUUAUGGAGGCAGCGGGGGCUCCUUCAAAACGGUUGGAGCGAUGGAAAACACCUUUUCUGUCUGGGAUGGCAGUGUGCCUUUGAUCCAAGGAAUCCCUAUAUCUGAUCCACACGGCUUCUCUGUCACUGCAUUGGGGGGAUUGGUUCUCGACGAUAAGGCCCAGCAGCUCCAGGAUGCUGUCCGACCCGGAGCAAGCAACGAUUCAUAUCAUUCAUUCAGCAAUCUGCAACUUUCCGUUCUGGAAGAAGUCACAGCAAUGGGUAUGCCUCCAGCGGCUUGGGAAGAUUUUGACGGUAGUGGUCGAAACCGCUCGCAACUAUAUGAGGUAUUGCGUGCCGCUGCCGUCGCUAUGAAAUCCAUAGACCCAACAUAUGUUGAGGAUUUCUGGAAUAAAUCUGGGUACCUGGGUACAGAAAUAUCAGAGCUAGGAGAUGUCAUUCGAGCGUCUUUGAUUGAUCUUAACGCCACUGUCCGCCAACUUUCCAGUGAUGCAGACAAUGUUCCCGUUGAACUUGAUAUAGACGCAUCGCCACUGAAGGCUCUUCGACGCAAUUGGUAUGACUUUACCCUUCAUUCACCGUGCAAUGGUGUAGGAAAAGAGAGAACAUUCACCGGACGCAUGGAUCCUAACUCAACGACGGUUUCGCUCUACUCCGAUAACAACAGCACCGUGCUGCAAUGUUUGAAGCCGGGCUCCAAGCUACGUUUCGAUAACCGAUGGUUCCUUUCUCUCCACGCUUUCCAUCGCUAUGAACUCCCGACUCGCCCAGGAUAUGACGUCUUUGAUUAUCUUCGCAAUGCGGACGGAACACCCAAGUACCCUCAAAGAAGUGUACUCACUGCUCCUAUUCUUGCCGAGUCAGCAACUGGUGGCGGUACCCAUACUGGAAAUAUCACUGCAAAAAUGAUUGUCAUGGAUAAUCUUAUGGACAACAAAGCCUUCCCAUGGGAGGCUGACUGGUACCGAAAGCAAGUUCGGAACUCUCUGGGCGAUUGCUUUGGUGACAAUUACCGUCUGUAUUACAGCGAUAAUGCCGACCAUGAAAUGGGGCCCGUUCAAGGUCCUGUGCAGUAUCGUCUUAUUGACUUCACUGGUCUUUACGAGCAACAUCUGCGAGACCUCAGCGCGUGGGUGGAGAGAGGGGUUGAACCUCCCACGGCUACCAAUUACACCGUUUGUGGUGGUCAGGUUCAUGUUCCCGAGUCAUCUUCUCAGCGUGCGGGAAUUCAGCCUGUGGCCUAUUUGAAAGCAGAGGGUAGCACACGGGCUGAGGUCCAAGCGGGCUCCCCGGUGGCUCUAACGGCGGUUGUUGAAGUGCCCAAUGGCGUUGGGAAGAUCGUUUCCAUUGAAUGGGAUAUUUAUGGAAACGGAUCCUUUGUCUCGGCGGCCCUCGAGGAGCCUAGCCCCGUGGUCAAAGUGAACGCCACACAUAUCUACUCAGAACCUGGAGAAUACUUUCCAAGUGUUCGUGUCGCAUCUCAUAGGUCUGGAGAAAAAGAAACGACGUAUGCAUUGGCCUACAACCUUGGGCGGGCUAGAGUUGUCGUCAAAUAA